GAGAACAUCUACGGAGCCUGGAGAGAGGCAGAGAGGCCCACGGCUGCUAUAGGGGGGAGCCUCAGAGCUCUGGGAUCAGCUGGUAGCUCUCGGCUGCUCCUAGUGACCAAGAGAGGGGGCGGCUGGAGGCAGCUCCCUCCCUGCCUCUCUCUCUGUGUUCAGUCUGGACCGAGUACCACAUUGGUCACAAUUCGGACAAGGCCUAAGAUCUCCUUUCCAGCAAUGGACGGAAGGCCAGGCAGUGGCGAGGAGGCUUAGCCGGACUCAUCCAUGCGCCCUCUGAGCAUGGAUUGGCGGCGGAGAGAGGAAGGCGCUGGGCUCCCAAGCCACACCGUGGUGCUGCUGCCACAGACCGCUUCUUUGUAACAUCGCAACAAAGAGCAGCGAGAGCUGCGGGGGGAAAACAGCAGGGAAAGGCUCCGGAAGAGAGAAACGUCAGGAAACAGUGGUUGAGAGACAGACAGACACACAGACAGAGAGAAAAGGAGAUGGCCACCUCUCAACCACCCCAACCGUCUUCGAUAGGAGAUGGGGCCACGCAGGGCGUUUUGGAGAUCUCGAUGGAGGGGGAGGACGAGGGGGGCGAGGCCUUUGACUUUGAGGACAGCGAGGACGAGGACGGCCGGGUAGUGGUCAGCAAUGCCAGGACCGAGCUGGGCACCAGGGGGGCUGUGCAGGGACCACCUCAGAGGCGGAGAUCCAGCAUCAGCGACGACCUUGAACCCCUGGAUGACUGGGAGGCUGAAGAGGCUUUGCUGGAGGACCGGGUCCCUAUGACCCAUUCUGACUCCAACCUCGAUCACCUGGGCUCACAGACACAUUCAGAGUUCCUGGGCGCCGUCAGCAAUGGGGAGAUUGCCGGGAGCGCGCAAACUGGGGUGCGGACUCACAGCUGGAAACGGAGGAACUCCCGGAGAGGUGGUCAGGCUAACUCCCCAGCCCCAGAAGAUGUGAUCUAUGAUGACGUUCCUUACGAAAAUGUGGACCUGAUCCAGCGUGAUUCAGACAAGAGCCUCAUCUAUGAAGAUGUCCAUCAGGACGGACCACAGGAGACUGAAGAUCUAGGCUGGAGCUCCAGCGAGUUCGAGAGCUACAGCGAGGAAUCUGGGGAGGAGAGCAAGCUGGGUGCUGAACCAACAAAGCACAAAGUCUCUUUCCAGCCAAAGCUUUCUCCUGACCUUCAUAGGUUGAAGGAGAGGUACUCCCGGACUAAGAGGGACAUCCAGGCUUUGAAAGUCGGGGGGAGAGAUAUGCUGAAGCAAAGAUACGACGGCAAGAUGACCCAGCUGAUGAAAGCGGCCAAGAGUGGCACGAAGGAUGGCCUCGAGAAGACCAAGAUUGCCGUCAUGAGGACUUUCUUGAACAGGAAGGAUGUUCCAGGGGAUGGGGAGCCAGGCAGGAGUGCCAUGGAGCCAGGCAGGAAGCGCUCUUUGUCCUGGACUGGGGAGCUCUCCAAAGCCCACAAGCUGUCCGUGGACAGAGGCGAUUCCGAAGAGGAGGAAAUGGGAUUCCUGGAGGUCCCGGUGAAUGAUCUGAAGCACCUGUUUCCCGAGUUGGGCCCGAUGCCUGAAGGGUUAAGCCCUCAGCAGGUUGUGCGCCGCCACAUUCUGGGCUCCAUCGUCCAGAGUGAGAGAAGCUACGUUGACUCCUUGCGGAGGAUCUUGCAGGAUUACAGGAACCCUCUUGUGGAGAUGGAGCCCAAAGUUCUCAGCCUCCGGAAAUGCCAGGUGGUUUUCUUCCGGGUCAAAGAGAUCCUCCAGUGCCACUCCAUGUUCCAGAUCGCCUUGUCUUCGCGCGUGGCUGAGUGGGACACCACGGAGAAAAUCGGCGACCUCUUCGUGGCCUCGUUUUCCAAGUCUAUGGUGCUGGAUGUCUACAGCGAAUACGUCAACAAUUUCACCACUGCCAUGUCCUUGAUCAAGAAGGCCUGCCUCACCAAGCCUGCCUUUCUAGAGUUCCUCAAGAAGAGGCAGAUGGGCAGCGUCGACCGGGUGACUCUUUACGGCCUGAUGGUGAAGCCCAUCCAAAGAUUCCCCCAGUUCAUUCUCCUCCUCCAGGACAUGCUGAAAAACACUCCCAAGGGCCACGCUGACCGGCUCUCCCUCCAGCUGGCUCUGACGGAACUGGAGACCUUGGCGGAGAAACUCAAUGAGCAGAAGCGACUGGCGGACCAGGUGGCUGAGAUCCAGCAACUCACCAAGAGCGUCAGUGACCGCAGCAGCAUCAACAAGCUGUUAAGCUCAGGCCAGCGGCAGCUGCUGCUCUGCGAGACCUUGACGGAGACAGUCUACAGCGACCGCGGCCAGCUCAUCAAGUCCAAGGAGAGGAAAGUCUUCCUGCUGAACGACAUGCUGGUCUGCACCAACAUAAACUUCAAGCCGAUUAACUCCAGGGGGCAGCUGGAAAUCAGCACCCUGGUUCCGCUCGGCCCCAAGUACAUCGUGAAAUGGAACGCCGCCCUGCCGCAGGUCCAGGUGGUGGAAGUCGGGCAGGAGAGCAGCGCCCACGAGAAGGACAACGUGGUCAUCCCCAAUCUUGGCCUGAAGAAGCACAUGCCAAGCAGCCAGUCCUCACAUAAUAAAGUGUACCUGGGUCCUCCUCGCCUGUUUCAGGAGCUACAAGAUCUCCAGAAAGACCUGGCAGUGGUGGAACAGAUCACUCUGCUCAUCAGCACCCUUCAUGGUACAUACCAGAAUCUGAACAUGACCGUCGCUCAGGACUGGUGCUUAGCUCUGCAGAGGCUGAUGCGGGUGAAAGAGGAAGAGAUCCAUUCUGCAAACAAGUGCCGCCUCCGUCUCCUACUCCCAGGGAAGCCAGACAAGUCUGGGCGCCCUGUCAAUGUCAUGGUAGUCUUCAUCACCCCCAACCCCCUCAGCAAAAUCUCCUGGGUCAACCGCUUGCAUUUGGCCAAAAUCGCUCUGCGUGAGGAAAACCAGCCUGGCUGGCUGUGCCCGGAAGAGGACAAGAAGUGCAAAGCCCCCUUCUGGUGCCCCAUUUUGGUCUCCCGCAUGCCCGCCUUCUCUUCCAGAGCUCUGGACCUUCAGCUUGGUGCUGCCGUCCACAGCCCGGUACAUUCUUCCUUGCUGGGUUUCUCCGCUGUCAGCACUUCUCUGCCGCAAGGCUACCUCUGGGUCGGCGGAGGGCAGGAGGGGGCUGGCGGCCAAGUCGAAAUCUUUUCCCUGAACCGGGCAGCACCCCGCACUGUGAAGUCCUUUCCAGUUUCCGCCCAGGUCCUGUGCUCAGAAUACAUUCCCGAGAGGAACGAAGAGGAGAGAGCAGACAGUUUGGAGACGUCUGCUGACCAGGCCUUGCCGCCACAGCCGGUGAUUUGCCUUGGGCUGCAGGACGGCAGCAUCCUGGUUUAUGGAAGUGUGGACAUGGGGACGCAGUGCCUCUUGACAGGCAAGAGCCCGGGGCUCCAGCCGGUCCUUUGCUUGAAGCACAGCCCUGACUACCUCUUUGCCGGUCUGCAGGAUGGAACAGUGGCUGCUUAUGCGAGAACCAGCGGGGGGUUCUGGGACCUGGAGGCUGAGCCUGCCUGCCUGACAGUGGGGCUGGCACCAGUACGGACCCUUUUGACCCUGGACGAUGCCGUGUGGGCCAGCUGCGGAAACCAAGUCACCGUCUUCGACGCCGCCACCCUGAAGGCUCAGCAAACUUUUGAGGCCCACCCGGAGGAAGAAGCAAGCGUCACCCACAUGAUCAAGGCGGGCAGUGGCGUGUGGAUGGCCUUCUCCUGUGGCUCCUCCGUCCGGCUCUUCCACACCGAAACACUUGAGCAUCUGCAGGAGAUCAACAUCGCCACACGGACCACUUUUGCCCUGCCAGGCCAGAAGAAUGUCCGCGUCACCAGCCUUCUGAUUUGCCAGGGCCUUCUCUGGGUUGGCACCGACCAAGGCAUCUUGGUCCUUUUGCCUGUGCCUAGGUUGGAGGGCAUCCCCAAGAUCACAGGGAAAGGCAUGGUGUCCCUUAACGGCCACUGUGGCCCGGUGGAAUUCCUGGCUGUCGCCCUCAGCACCCUGGCCCCGGACAUUCUCAAGAGCGACAAGGAGGAUGACCCCUCUGUGGAUCCCGUAUCUGCCAAGGAUGAGAAGCCGGACAGCAAACCAGCGGAUCUGGCUUCCCAGAAUAGCCCUCAGAUGAGGGAGCUCCGGAAAAAGGGCAUUCUCCUGCAGUACCGCCUCCGUUCCACCUCUCACCUCCCCGGGCAGCUGCUCUCGAUGCGAGAGGCGCCCUCCACCGGGAAUGCCCCGGAGCACACCGAGGAGGACGGCUCUGUCUACGAGAUGGCCGACGACCCAGACAUUUGGGUCCACAACCGGCCGUGCGCCCGCGAUGCCCACCGCAAGGAGAUCUCCUCCCUGGCUGUGGUUUCUGGCGGGAGAGGCUACCGGAACUUCAACUCCAAUGGCAAGCUGCCAGCCAGCAGUGAGACAGACAGUACCUUGUUGAUAUGGCAGGUCCCACUGAUGCUAUAACCCUGGCCCCCUCUCAUUGGCCGGCCGGCCGUCCCUCCCACAAUGCAUUGCUUUGGAACACCUUGCAAAGGUGUGUUGGGCUCACCAGAGGUGGUGGCUGCAUUCCCCCCAUCCCAAUGGACUCUCCCCCCUGCCCCUUAAAUCUUUUGGGGAAAACAUCUUGCCUAAAAGAGGCUCCAGAUUCCUUCUCUACUUUCCCCCCUCUCUCUCCGUCGCGAUUGGAACACGCUUCAAGCCUCCCUGUUUGGAACACACACAAACGGUAUGAUCGCAUCUCACGUGGGGGUUUGGUUCUGAGAUUUCUGCAUGUAUGCAAAAACCGUAUGCUCAAGCUGCCCCCAGCUUUCUGAGUCCUUCCCUAGCUAGAGCGCCGAGUGGGCUGGCUCUCGCAAGACCUCGCGGGGUCCUCCGAGUUCCUGUUGGAUCUCACGCAAGGAUCCCCAGGUUUCCGGAGCUGGUGUGCCAAGAAGGCCUUGCCUCCCCAAGGAAGGCAGAGGGCUUAAAAACUCUUUUUGCACUGGGGAACCCAAGCAGACCUGGAGCAAAAAGAGCUUUCAAGGUAUCUGCCUUGCUUGGGGAGACCAGGCCGAAAUGGUGUGCCAGUUCUGGGGCGCUCUUGCGAGAUCUUUCAGGGACUGUGGACUUCUUGGGAGAGCUUUCCUUCACUUCUGGAGACGGCACCCUGAGAGGGCCUUGAGCAGUGCAGAAGGAGCUUUUAAAUUCUCUGCCUUGCCUGUAUUUCUCUUGUGGGAUUUCAGCCAACUGGACUUCAGUGGUUGAAAUUGUGCAAGUUAAAUAUGUUUGAGGUGCGAUCACACUGUAUGAAAUAGAGAGAUUUUUUUUCUUUGCAGUUCAAGGGGUUGUGUAUUUCGACUCAGAGCACACCCACUGAAAAGAAUGACGUUCACUUCGGCAGGUCUACUCUGAGUAGGAGACAACUCCGGACCUCUUAUGCGCAGCCAUUUCCCGUACUUACAAAACGAGCUUGCGGUUUUAAAAAAGAACUUUCCAGAUGGCAUAGGACUUGGCACCCUCCUUGCGGGCUUUGGAGGCGAGCCAAAAUUCCCCCCACUCCCCCCACUGAAUCCUCUUCUCUCCCUCCCCCCCCAAUAGCGGCAUGAGGGUUUGUGUAUCCAUGUGUGAAUAUAUAUAUGUAAUAUUAAAAUCCAUGUACAUUAUUAUGUUGUAUAAAUAAAAUCUGUAUAUAGUGUGGGGGCAUCUCGGGAUGCCAGAAUAAAGGUGAUUGGAAAAACGAGA